ACAAGAUGCGGAAGAACUGGCCCCGUGGAGGCUCCCAUUUCUGAAGCGUGGGAGGCAAAAGAGGCGGCAGAGUGUAGAAUUCAGUUUGAGCUCCAGCGAGUCCGCAGGUCAUUAGAACCAAUAAGAGGAAGAAGCUGCGCUGCGGUGGCGCAGAAAGCCGACCCCUUUUCUGAGUCUUGCAGGCGGGCGGGGGCCAGGGAGCGAAAAGGCGCCAUCCCUGCGCUGAGGGGCCCUGGGGGCCGCGUCCCGGAGCAUGGCGGACUGGACCGAGACCCUGAGCAUGUGGAGGUGGAGCUGCCGAGGCCGCCUGGCCAGCUGUCAAGUCCUUAUUGCUACCGCUGCAAAGGCGGCCACAACUGUAGCCGAGCCGCGCUUGCGGUCUUAGGCGGGAAAAAUGACAGCAUGAGUUCUGCCACUGCCUAGUUUCCUCCCUUUUCUUCUCCUUCUGUGCUUCCCUCUUCCACACAUCCCCUCCUCCUCCUUUCCCAUCCCUGUGCUCCUCUUGCCCUGACCUUUGUCCUCUUUUCCCACUUCUGUCCUCUUCCAUUUAUCUUAUGCACUGCAUUUCCAUCUAUCCUUUAUCAACCUCUGUGCCUUUUUUCCUUCUCCCGUCUUUGUCUUUCCUCCAUCCUUUUUUUUUCAUCCUGUCCCCCUCCCAACACAAGCUCUCCAUCCUCCUCCGCCACCCACCCACCCCCACAUCCUGCCUCAUCUGCAUCCUCCUCUCCCACUUUUCUCCGCCCUCGCGCCCAAGCCUCCGCCCAUUAGCCCCCGCCCCCAGCUGCCAGUCCCCAGCAGCUCAGUCCUGCAGUGAGUCCAUAGCAAAGCACCAGGAGCUGAACACUACUGGCUGUGCCUGCUAGCAAGUCCCCCCGAAUGGCUCAGGAGAAAAUGGAGCUGGAUUUUGAGGCUGACACAUCUGAUGGGGGCACCCUGAGACGGUCCAACAGUGCUCCCCUGAUCCAUGUGCUCAGUGACCUUUCACAGGUUUUUGAGCCGUAUCCACUUAGAACUCGGAGGAACAGUGCGACAAUUAUGAGCCAUCAUAGCUUGGAAGAAGGCCUGGAUAUGAUGAACAGAGAAACUUCACAUGAAAGGGAAGUACAAGGAGGAAUGCAGAUAAGCCAGUCAUGGGAUGAAAGCCUGAGCCUGAGUGAUAGUGAUUUUGACAAGCCAGAGAAAUUAUAUUCUCCAAAGAGAAUUGACUUUACUCCAGUUUCUCCAGCACCUUCCCCAACCAGAGGAUUUGGAAAGCAGCGCUUUUCACCGUCCUCGCAAAUGUUUAUGAGUAGCAGUGACAUGCCACCAAGUCCUGUUCCGAAUCCAAGACAUUUCUCUACGAGGAUUCAGAGUCCAGUCAAGUGCAUUAAGCCCAGUGUUCUCGGUCCUCUUAAGAGAAAAGGGGAGAUGGAGACAGAAAGCCAGCCUAAGAGAAUCUUCCAAGGCACUACCAGCACGCUGUCUGCAGAAGCUCCGCAACUGUCUGAUCUCAGUUCAUGUUCAGAUAUUUUGGAUGGCAGUAGUGUCAGCAGUGGCUUGUCCUCAGACUCACUGGCUACAGGCAGCGCUCCUGCAGAGUCUCCAGUAGCAUGCUCCAAUUCAUGCUCUUCGUUCAUCUUGAUGGAUGAUCUCUCACCCAAGUGACUUAACCAUUUCUGAUUCAGUGUUUUAACGAUUUCCCACAUAAAACAUUCAGUGAGGAAUGCAGAGAACUUUGAUCCACGAUGGGGAUUAAAGUUUGGCAGAUUGCAACCAUUCCGAUGCUCCUAUUUCUGGGCAUCUCUGUCCUCUAAAGUUCAAUUUGCAAGCAUAGUCACCUUACUAACAUCUGUUUGGGCUGAUCUCAUUUUGCGUUUGAUGACUAAAUCUCAAAUACACACUUUUGAUUGCUUGGGGGAUUUUUUUUCUUAGUGCCUCAAAGAGCACCUACUUUUAAGCAUUUAAGGGGGGCACUAAUUUGUAUCUUCUGAUUGUUCUUUCCCCAGCAGUGACAUAUUAGAGGUGAUCAGAAAUUCUCUUGCUUGAGAGAUUUAUAAAAAUUCUCUGUUGACUACAUACUUUCCCAUCUCUUUCUUUCACAGUAAUAUUCAAAUUGCUUUGGAUUCUAUCAAACUUUUGUUUUUCUGCAUCAGCUUAAAGUACAUCAUUUCGUUUCCCUUCCCUGUCUGAGCUGCUUCCUUGCCAUUUCUCACCGAGGGAAGAAACUCAUAGUCGCUUCCAUCACUCCCUCAUUGCUUCUUUGCUGUUGGAAUGUAUGCAGUAAAGACUGAUUUAAAGUGGAGGAUGUGAACGGACUUACAGGAUGCCUGCAUUAAUCACCUCAGGUUCUUAGGACUGUUGCUACCACAGUUGCUGUUUCUCCCCCAACCCUGGUGCCCUAAGGAAUAUAUAAAAUAUUGUUGAUAUUUCUAGGUGGUGUUAUCAAGGAGAAGAAAUUCCUGCCUUGACCAGAUGUGUGGAGCAUCUCCAAAUGAACGAGUAGUUAUUUACACAAAGCACUGUACAAAGCAAGCGUCCAUGAAGCUGUCAGUGUCUCGGGUAGUGUUAUGAGGCCUUAGGUGCCUUGGGGUACCUUGCCGUGCUGUAGGGGACGUAUGUCAUAAGGUCUUGUGGAAAUGGAAGCUUUCUAUAUGUGAGUGCUAGUUUGACUUUUCCCUGAUUCCUUCUUGUCAUUCAGUUUGUUUUGUCAUGUGGUGACUAGUGGGGUUUUUCUUCCUUCCUUUCUUUCUUUUUUGGUUACUGUGUUGUGCUAGAGUCAGAACCCAGUUCUUGUUCUUGGUGCCCUAUAGAGGGCAGUUGAGUGUCUGUAAGGAAGCUUUGCGGCACUGGAAGGGUCAAUGCUACUGUGCCCUCUGCUCCCAGCUCUAAGCAGUGUAUCUGCAGUGUGACGUAACAUAUGAUCUGUCAUUUUCACAGGAAGAAACGCCUGGUUAAAUAGUUAAGAAAUUCAAGUGUGAUCUAUUGUGACAUUAUUUAUUGCUUAUUACACUACGUAGGAUGUCUGUGUUGUUAAUGUUCAAUACAGUGGGUAGACUAUUUGUUUAAUAUUCACAUGUACCUGCUAGAAUUGUGAUAUUCUAUUCCUAAGUGGAUAUAAGAAACAAACAGAAAAUGAUUAAACUUAAGUCUUUUGAAAUCUAAAAUCCUUGGAGGUGGUUUGAAGGCAUUCACAGACUAGAAAUUAGCGUGCUUGAAGCAAAACCUCUCUUCUAAUCAUUAAAGAGCAUCACUUAGCUUGCCACAGAUCCAUUAUAGACUUGGGUCUGCUCUUAAGUUUACAUUGUAAUCACUGUCAUACUGGCUCUUAAUGGAGGCUUUAGUUCCCAUGUUGCUUUAGCCUGUGAAAGGCUCAUAAUCCUUCAAACCUAACAUAAAUGUGCUGUUAGAAGAAUCGUCCCCUCGUGUGCCAUUUUAAAGAAAUGUUUCUUUGAUGGCACUUGGUAUAUCCACUCUGUUAAUGAACCGUGUUCAAAGGCUUUUGCCUUCAUAAUCAUAAGAGAUGGCUUUGUCUCUCAGAUUUGUCUGCCCUCCCUCUUCUGUCUUAUUUCCUUAAAGGGGCACUUUUGAGUUCAAAUUUAGAGUCUAAAUUUAGGACUUUUAAGAAAUAAUCUUUGAAAUGUGAUGAUAUUUAAACAUGUUAAAAAUUCAGUGGUAAGGUAAAGCUGGAGCAGAAAAUUAAAAUUCUCCCUAUGGUAUGAUGAGAUCAAAGAGGCAGGGGGAUUCACUUUCCUGUUUCAAGCCAACUCUUUUAUUAAUGAAUGUAAUGAAAUGUUUUAAAUUUGUCCAUUUCAUACAUGUAUACAGUUUAUUCUGAUUACUCUCACUCCCGCCCUUCCUUGUUAGCCCCCCUUCUCCCUACAAACACUUUUCCACAGUCUUUUCCUUUGUAAACUAAUCUUUUGUUAUUGGUCACCUCUAUAUUGUUUAAAUGGACUAGAAAGCUAAGUUUGUGCAGAGAUUGUUUGGAAAUAAGAGAUAGGUAAGAUGCUGAUUCACAGAGGAGCUUGUUGACAACAGUACCCCUUUAUUUUUAUAUAAAGUCUAAUAUUUGCAGUGUAGUUAUUGUUACAAAGUAAAAUGCUUUCUUCCUAUUCUCAUAUUAUAUCAUAUAUUUUAAGCUUCUAUUUGAAAACUAGUACAAGAAAUGAAACCAUAAUAAAAUCCUAGAGAUACUGGUUUUGCUUGAAUGACUUAUAAAUCACUGUUUUCUGAUAACUGCUUUUGGAAUAAUAGAAAGUUUUGUGAAAUGUUGACCUCGUGUAUCUCUUAAGAAUGUGAAUUUAAUAAAGCAUAUAUACAUGUAUAA